UAUGAUUGUUUAGCUGUUUCACAUUUAAAUUAAAGCUAAUUUAUGUUUAACAUAUUUCAAAUGCCCCAUUGGACCAAAAAUGUAUUAUUUUAAAAAUUUCUAAAAAAUAACCAACCAAGCAUUAAUUAUAUAUUGCUGUUAUCUUUUAGCAUGGAAAGCAGUGCAAUCUGAAGCUGUGCCGCAUCUCCCUGAAGACAUUGUGAAGGAGCAAAACUCUGGACAUGAACCUCAGCUCUGAGUCUUUGGUUGAGUUCAUUCUGCACUGUGAAAUUGACGCCCAGAAGAAAAGCUACACGACUCCCAUCUUGAUGAUGAUCUAUUUGGUGACGCUUUUUGGAAACUUCCUCGUAAUCCUCGUCAUCUUAACAAAUCAUCAUUUGCAAAAGCCAAUGUAUAUUUGUAUUGCCACUCUUGCCGUAAUUGACCUGCUAAACAGUACCAACCUCAUUCCCAAGAUUGUUGCCGUUCUUUUAGACUCGGUCACUAUCACAUACGGAGCCUGCUUUGUUCAGAUGCUCUUGGUGUUGUAUUUGGAAGGCGUGGAAUCGCUUCUCUUGACUCUCAUGGCAUGUGACCGCUUUGUAGCUGUUGUGUUUCCACUUCGAUAUCCAUCACUUGUUACGAAUAAAGUAAUCAGGAAUGUGAUCAUCUUUCUGCAUUUUGUUAUGGUCAUAUUUGUUAUGCCAUAUAUCAUUUACAUGAUGGACCUUGCUUUUUGUAAAUCUAAUGUUUUGAAUUAUUGUUUUUGUGACUAUAUCACAAUGGUGAAAAUAGCUUGCAAUGAAGAUCCCAAAUAUCUGAUUAUUUUGCCCAUCACUUGCAUUAUUUUGGGCGUUUGCCCUUUUGCAUUCAUUGUACUGUCUUACAUGAUCAUUGCUUAUGCUGCUUUGAAAAUAUCAUCCGUUGAUGGAAAGAGAAAAGCAUUUAAUACAAUUUCAACUCACUUGCUUGUAGUGGGACUAUUCCAUGUGCCACUCUUAACCUCUUAUAUCCUGACUGGAACAGGGGUUAAGCUCUCUACUGAAGCCUAUAACACCAUGGUCAUUGUAGGCAAUAUUGUCCCCCCAAUGUUGAACCCAUUAAUAUACAGCUUCAGAAAUAAAGAGAUAAAAAACAGCAUUUACAGAUUUUUUAAAGGCACUAAAACCACCCCUGAAAUCAAUCAUCAUUAGUAAGGUAACCUUUAAUGUCCCCAUCUGUGAAUUAGGGAGGGUCAGGAG